AUGAAACGUAGUAUAUCUGAAGAAAAAAAGUGGUGGCAUCCAAACAAAUUACCACCAAUUGGUUACCAAUCCAAUAUUCUUCAUGAUCAUGAUAGGAAAUCAUUUUAUCCAUUCAAUAGUGAAUUGGGUUAUAGAAUUUUUAAAAGAAUAAUAGAAAUGAAGCGAACAAGUAUGAAACAGGAAAACGAUCAAGAAAAUCCAUAUCAUUCAAAAUAUGUUAAUCAAAUGAAUAAUGAUGAACAUUUUCUUUUAAAGCAUGGUGUUUGUUCACAAAAACCUAACUCAAUUUCGUCGAAUUUUGCAUUCAAUCAAUUGAGGUCCAUAGAAAAUAUGUCAGAAUUUCAUUCAACCCUAAAAUGUGACAUCGAUGAUAUGGAUCAGUCGUAG